GUCAGCUCGUGGGUUUGAAACGUCAGGUUGGGAGCACGGAGCGGAGAGUCUGAGCUGCUGCGCUGAGAGCAGCGGAGCUUCUCUGUGAAUACCUGUUCCUCGCGGACAGGACUGGAAACCCGCGUUAAGAGCUUUAAAUCGAUUUUAUUCACUUUUAUUCUUUUAUCUUUGUUAAUUGGAAUCACUGGAACGACUGGAAAUGGCCUUAAGCGGGACCAUUUUGCCAUCCAUUUCCACUUUCGCCGCACAGAAGGAGAGAUGCUGGGAAAACAGGUGGAAGGAGGACCUGCACCUGAGCUGUUUAGCGGACCUGUCCUCCAGCCUGGACGGAGCCCUCGCUGGCAGACACCACGACGACGAGGAUCUGGACAAGUACCUGGAUCUGGAGUUUAUCCUGGCGAACACAGCCGCGGGCUCAGACAACCACCUGCCCCCGGUGUCCAGCGCGGUCAUGAACAUGGGGCUGGACUACAGGAUGCCCGAGGCUAGAAGCCCCUACGCCAGUAAUAACAACAGCAGCAGCAGCAGCAGCCAAACAACGACCGGCGCGUACCACCACCACCACCACCCUUCAGCAGCCGAGCUGGGGGCGUCUCCUCCCGGCUACAGCGCCAGCCUCAUGGCCGAGCUGCUGCGCUCCGAUCUGGACACUUACUGCUCUCCUCCUCCACCUCAAACAUCCAGCCACUCCAACCACAUCCAGGGGCGCUUCUUGGUCAGGUCGCCCCCCCACUACCCCUCCACUCAGGACAUUAAUAACACAGACGGCGUGAAGUCCGAGCCGUGCAUGGACAGCUACGGCGGACCCGUGAUGGGAAUGGUGCCCAAAAUCAAGCAGGAGCCGUCUGGGACCGGAGCCUGCAUGCGGGCGUACGAGCAGCCGCUGCUCGCCCACUCUCCGCAGGGCUCCGGCAGCAUGACCCCUCCGCUCAGCCCCGGGGAGAUGAUGCACUCCGACUGCCAGGCGCCCAUGUGCCGCUCGGUGCCCUUCCCCUCCGGCUUCCACACGAGCUUCCCCACGCCGGCGCAGCUGCAGCUGUCUUACCCCGGCAUGGCGAUGCCUGGAGCCGGCCAGAGAGCGCUGCUCACCCCGCCCUCCUCACCGCUGGAGCUGGAUGCCAGCAAACCCAAACGUGGGCGUAGGACCUGGCCUAGGAAGCGUACAGCCACGCACACGUGCACGUACGCGGGCUGCGGGAAGACGUACACGAAGAGUUCACACCUGAAAGCCCACCAGAGGACGCAUACAGGCGAGAAGCCGUAUCACUGCAGCUGGGAAGGCUGCGGCUGGAAGUUUGCCCGCUCCGACGAGCUGACCCGCCACUUCCGCAAGCACACCGGCCACCGGCCCUUCCAGUGCCACCUGUGCGAACGCGCCUUCUCCAGGUCCGACCACCUGGCCCUCCACAUGAAGAGGCACAUGUAGGAGCUGUAGGACUUUCCCUGGACCAAAGCACAACAAACUCAAAACUAUUAAUUAUAUAAACUAUGAACUAAGAACCAAUGAACAAAAACAGCAUCUCAAGACACAUGCUGGGGGACCAAAUCAUCAGCAGCAGCAUCUUCUUCUUCUACUUUUUGUACCCCUUAUCUAUUCAGUAUUCAGUAUUUUGAUAAAGAGACUGACUCUAAUAAGGGACAAAGCACGAACAGACUGGACACGUGGUGCCCACGCCAAAAAGCACCAAUGACCAAUGUUUUCUCAUAUCGUGUAGCUGGUACUACUUUUAUUUUCUUCACAGAGACAAAAAAAAACAAAAAGUGCCUGUUUGGUGUUUGCGUGUGUUUGUUUCUUCUUGUUUGUCAAGGAGCUUUAAAGCAAAAAGCAAAAAAAAGAAAAAACCUUAGGCUGGACAACGUUAGGCUGGACCUACUACUACCUACACCCCUCUGACGCAACUGGAAUCAAUCAGUAGAACAAAAGCUAAAGAGAAAAAAAAUGGAAGAAAGAGAGACUUGCUUCAGAAAAAAACUCCAGAAUGUCAAGUCGAUGAACAAAGUGCCUUGUUUUAUAUAUAAAUAUAAAAAAUAUAUUAUAUACAUUCCAUGCAGGCUUUACAUCUCAAGUUUCAAAAGUCUCAAGUGCCAUAAAUGUGUUGAAGUUGUUUAAUGUAUUCAACUGUUUUUUGAUAUUUUUUUCCAUUUCCAAAAAGAGAGAAGAAAUAAGCUUGUGUUUUGUUUUUCUUUUCUUUUCUAAGACGGCCAUAAAAAAAGUCACGAGACUGAAUGUUUUGGCUCAACUUACUUACUUGCAUAUAUUAACUUGUAAAAUCAGGGUCUCUAUUUUUUCAGUGGUUUCUACGAGUUUUUUUUUUUUUUUAAGUGUAUUCCAGACUGUCCCGCGUUCACACAGACUGGACGUGACAAGGGCUACAAACGUGUCUUCAGAACAAAGUCUUUUGACUUGUACAUAAUUUAUGCAAUGUAAAUAGUGUAUGUACUGUACAUAUUAAACUUAAUUGAGAUAUCUA